AUGCCUUCUCGAGGAGCGAGCAUCCAUACAUCGGAUACCUCUAGUCAGUUCGACACUCAGAGCUCUCGGGGCGAUGAAGGCGACGAUACAACAGACACGUCUGUCUCUCAAACACUCGCCCCUCCACUUGAGCGCACGCAGUUUGACUCUUGGGAGUCAUUUCAUUCUUACUUGAAUGAAUACAGCGCGAUGACGAACCAGAGUUUUCGCGUGCGCACGAACAACAAGGUGGGAGAGCGGAACAAAAAGAUCGCGAAGAUGAAGACGAGUGCUCCGUUAAUCCCGAACGAGUGGAUUGUGUACAACAAGACAUUGGUCUGCACGCAUGCUGGAAAAUACAAGGCGCGAGAAAAAGGCAAGCGACCGCGUCAAGAAGUGAGAGCCACACAGUGUGGUGCGCAGGUGGGCUCAUGCAAGCUUUAG